UUUUUUUUGAGAUCGCCUAUUUUCAUACUCCUCUCGAGAACUCCGAUACAUACAUGCACACUAGUUCAUGCCCCGCCGCCGUCCUCCUCCCGCGGGAGCCCGAACCGACCUCCCGCCGCUCGGAAUCGUCCGCAAGAUCCUCUUGCUCCAGCUAGGAUACUAUCUGACCGCGACGGCGCUUAUCUUAUUCACAACAUUAGUAUAUGGCCGGCCGUUCUCGUUUGACCUCCUCCUCAACUGGGAUGCGAUCAGAGGCGAUACCACCAUCGGGUGGAUAUUGGGAUUGGUGUGGAUGUUGAAUAGCCUCCUUGGUGUCAUCCUUCUCCUUCUCCUCGUCUCCCGCUCCAAACUCAUCCCCGACUUCGCCCUAACCAUCCACUUCGUCCACCUUAUCGCAACAUCUCUUUACACACAUACUAUUCCCGCCAACUGGCUUUGGUGGGGUCUUCAAUUCGCCAGCGCAAGUCUUAUGGUAUUCUUGGGGAUGUGGGCUUGUCGAUAUCGUGAGCUUCAGCCGAUUACUUUUGGAAUUGGAGGGGGUUCGUCUUCUUCAAGUCAGCAGACGUCUGAUCCCUCGGAGCAGGGUGGUGAGGAUUUUGCCUCUGGGUCAAGGGGAAGAGGAAGAGAGGGGGGAGAUGAGUUUGAAAUGGGGUUAAUGAAAGGGGCUGGAGAGGCUGUAUGAUUCUUUUCUGAUCUCUGUAUAAAUGGGAUUAUAUGUUUUUUUUUUUUUUUUUUAAUGCACAGUGAAAUAG